UCUUCACCGCCUACUCAAGCUCAUUCUGCUGAAGCUGAACGCGCUAAACGUACUGUCCGGUUACAAGACCGGCUACUAGAACUCACAAUACAUCAUGAUACUUCAUCAUAAUUACGGAUUUUUGGCAUUAUCAUAAAAAGUACGCUCUUUUAAUCGUAUCCCAUCUGCGUGAACGGCUCUUAGUCUACUUGCCCAGACAGCAUGUUCAAGAGUGAGGCCAAGGUAGCUUCUCUGACCCAGAUAACCAGCAGAUAACCAGCAGGCCUGGUGGAGAGGACCAGCACAGACCCAGAGAGAGGAGCGUCAGUGCCAGGACACAGCCCAGAAAGAGGGAGGAGAGAGCCCCAAAAACGUAUUGACGGACAGGCGAGGGGAAGAAGAGAUCCAGGAUUAGGGGCUCAUCCAGGCUACAACCAAUCCCCUGAGGAGACCCCCCUUUUUCCUUCUGAAAACUCAGACAGCCGCCCGGAUUACUGCAUUAAACGUAUUACCUUUUAUUAGAGUCUUCUCUUUUUGUUAUUUUUUCUGAAACCAACUGGUGCUCAUUUUCAGCCCUGCUCUAUCAGAUGCCUGGAGUGUGGGCGGCUGGAUUUGUGUAACUCUGAAAACAAAGGAUCAGAAGGAGAGGAGGAGGACAGAGCAGGGCAUGGGGGGAUGCUGGAACGUGUAGGAGACAUCUAGGAGCGUUCCUUAAAGACGUGUGGGGAUAAACCUUCGGGCUCCAGCUGUGUCUGCGGGAGUCAGACGAGAGGUCAAAAAGUCUCGCUCUCUUUCUCUUUCUUUCAACCAUGAGAGAGAAUCUGCUUUGCUUCACAUUCACACACAAGCUGAGCAGUGCAUGAUUGCUUUUGACUCUGCAGCUCACAGUCACAUAGGAGAGUUAGUCAGAGAUGUUGAGGUGGUGGCUUGAACUAGAACCUUACCCUUGGCCAUAACCAUGAACCUGGGGAAGAUCCCUGGCCUGAAGGGCCUGGUGGCCGGCUCUCAGGGUAAACGUCAUUUCAAGGGUGACCUCACCUUGGACAUGAUCAGCCCUCCGCUGGGAGACUUCCGUCACACCAUGCAUGUGGGCCGCGGAGGGGACGUGUUCGGGGACACUUCGUUCCUUAGCAAUCAUGGCGGGGCCGCCAACGGAAAGGAGGAUGAUGAUUCCGUCACAAGUCCUGACAACAAGAUCGGGGCUUUCUUCUCCCGGACCCUCCGGCAUGUUCGGAAGACACCAGAGCAUCCCAGGGGGGGGUCGAAGGACCUGUCUCCGCCACCCCCUCCCAUCUCCCCCAUCAUCAAGAAUGCAGUGUCCCUCCCCCGGCUGGAUGUGGAUGGCUGCCCUAUUAAAAACCUCUUUCACACCUCUCCUACCUCCCUGGAUGAGACCACUUAUGGUUAUGGUCUGGAGUCAGGCUUUGUCACUCUGCCCCGUCUCUCCCGCUCAGCGGAGCGUCAGUCGCAGCAGGGAGGCUCUAACUCCUGUACCCCCAACACCCACUGCGGCUCGCUCACCGACGUCUCUGCCCUCCUGUCCUCCUCCGCUGACCCGACCCUGACCUCUGGCCCCAGUCACAUGACCCGGUUCGACUCCUUGUCCUCCAUGGCAUCCUUCACAUUCGACCUGGGGCCCUCCCUCAUGAGCGAGGUGUUCGGUUUGAUUGACAGCCCUAAUGGCCACCCAGAGCCCAGCCACGCCUGGGAGGCAGAAGAGGCGGAAGAGCCAAGCGGCACUGCGAUUGGGUUUGGGUUUGCGACCAAUGAAGGCUCGGAGAUGGACUCGGAGAUGGAUGCCACCACUGCCUCAUUGGUGGAUUCUCUGCUUCGAGAGGACUGUAGUAGCAGCAGGAAGAGUCCAUAUGGGAUGGAGUGGGAAGAGGAGGAAGAGGAGGCUAGGAGAAUGGAGGUGAAUGGAGGUGAGCAGCAUCUUAAAGGGGCAGUGCCUGAUUUAGUUAUGGGCUCCCCCUCUAGACAGAGGCCUGCUAUGGAGAGUGAGAGGUUCCAGGGUUCCACUGAUGUGCUGGGGGUGCUCUAUGGGGUUGGAGGGCUCCUGAAGGGGCAGCAGAGGAUGGAUCUGGAGGGAAAGGUGACCAUGUGCCAGACCAUGAAGAAAACCCCUUACAUCUGCAUUACACCUGAUGAGGAGGAGGAGGAGGAAAUCAAAGUCUGAACUACAAUGACAGUCUCAAUUGUGUUUAACUAGAAUUACCUACAACAGAUGUCCCACUGGGCACACACUGGUUAAAUCGAUGUUGUUUCCAUGUCAUUUCAAUUAAAUUACUUGAACCAACAUGAAAUAGACGUUGAAUUGACGUCUGUGACCAGUGGGUUGUGACUAUUGGUUAAUUCCUUGUAAAGUCUUGUUUUAAGAAACUGGCUCUAUUGACCUGACUCAGCUUUGAACCCUUCAUAAUUUUCAAAUAUUCCUUUCAGAAAUGUAAUGUUAUGUCGUCAGGAGACUCACUUGAAGACUUUGAUUGUUCCCAAAUUGUUCCCAAAUUCACCUAAAUGUAAUGGAAAGUAUGUUUGUUGAAAGACUCAUUGAAAGAUUAUGGAUGCUGAAAGUUCCCCAAGCAAACAUGCUGUAUGGAAGGAGCUAGAACAGGCUAAUAAUAGCUAACUACAUGUCCUUUUAAAAGAGGUCACUGGAACCAGUGGAGAACAAAGAAAUAAAGAGAUGGGGUAGAAAGUGUGAGAAUGUACCAGAGAAAGUGGUUGGACACAGAGGAGUUACCAUGGAAACCAUAGGAGGUUGGUGCCACAUUAAUUGGGGAGAACGGGCUCGUGGUAAUGACUGAAGUGGAAUAGUAUCAAAUACAUUAAACACAUCUAUUUGCCAUCCAUGCCAUCCAUUUGUGCCGUUCCGGCCAUUAUUAUUAGCUGUUCUCCCCUCAGCAGCCUCCUGUGAUGUAAACACUAAAGACAUUGCUCAACAGUGUGUAAGUCUGUUAGCAGCUGGUUAAAUAUCUACUGCGUGGACUUCCUGAGAAAAAUGCUCAGUGUGACUUCAUGUAACUAUUCAAGGCAAAAGGCAGGACACGAAAACAAGGUAGUAGCGGUUUCAACCCAACUUCAUCUUUCCCUCACCACCAACCAGUCCCAUGGAAAUUAACUACGCCAAGAGAGAGAUCUUAACUCUUUGCACGUGAUGUUAACUUCAGGAAAACAAUACUCUUUUGCCUGAAGAUUACACCCAAGACAAACACUUCAUUUUUGCUUAUUCUACCGAUAUAGUAUGAAGCACAAACCAUGAGAAAUUCACUCAGAAAUGAAAUUGAAGAUAAUUUUGUACAAUGUAAUAAUCACAAGUAUAAUGUUGUUACAGUAUGUUUGUUAAUUCACAUAUUUACAUCAUACCCCAUUUAGACAUGUUUCCCAAAUUCAUUAUGGGUCUAGCUAACUCUCAUCUUGCUUUUCGAUAGGAUAGUCAACUGCUUGUCUGCUAUUCUGUCAACCAAUGGUUGAAUCCUAUUUUUAGACUAUAUUAAGAAAAACAGUGUCCCCCAUCCGCAUCAAUGUGCUGCUAUUGAUACCAAUGAUAUUUCUAUAAUGAUAAAUGAAAUAAAAUGUUUUUAAUAAG